AUGAGAUCAUUAAUUAACCAAACUUUCAUUUUUGUUUUUCUACUAUCUUUGGUUGGUUCACGAGAAGUUAAAAAACUUAAACGUUCCUAUAUUGACGAAUGUGAAAGAUUUUGGCAACAAGCACCUGUUACCUGGAAACAUGAUGUUAUAAAUGGUGCCAAAAAAUUAAUAACAGUUGCUGAUGCAAAACAAUAUAUAAGUAGUUUAAGCGAAAUAUGGCAAAUAGAAGGAAAACAUGGUGCCAAUCAAUUCAUAGCUACAUUAAAAUUGAAUACCGAACAUGUUGGUAUAGCAUCAUCGGAGUAUUGGGAUGGACAUUAUGCAAUUAGUGGACAAAAUGGUGAAGUGACAUAUAUAUUUGUUGUAAUACACAGCGAAUCGAGUAGCAUCUCUGUAACAUUUAGUUAUCAUCAUCUAACGGAAAAUAUGAUUGGUUCUAAUUCAGUUUAUACACCUUAUGCAAAAGAUAUAACAAUCGAGUGGCUAAAAUGGAAAGCAUUGGAAAAUAUUCAAUCUAUGGUACCAUCUAAUAUCGCACCAACAAUUGAGUGGAGUGUUAGCUCCAAUAAAGGUCACUCUAUCACCACAAAGUAUCUAGUUAUACUAUUGUUUUUCUCCUUUCCUCUUUCUCUAGAUAUAUAUUAGAGUAUUUUUUCUGUUCACUUCAGUGAUUAACCUUUUCUAUCCAUUCUCUACUAUAUAUAUUUCUUUUCUCUUGAUAUUAUUCUAUAUCUUGUUUCGUGUUUUUCUCUUUUUUUCUAUCAUACUUAUCUGAUUUUGCUUGGAGAAUAAACCCUUUCCUUGAUGCUAUCCCCAUCCCCACAUUCAUAUAUCAUUAUAUGGUGAGUAUAACUGAUGCAUUUUUACGUGAACCUUUUCAUUCCUUAGCGAAUCAAGGGUUUUAUGUAAUUUCGGCAAUAAGAAUUUCACCAUCUGAAUUUUGACAAUGCCGAAUUUCCGUUUAUGUCGUAAUGCCGUAGGAAUUUCGACAAGAAUAAUUAUUAAUGCAUAUUUUAUUGUCCAUUUUCCACCAAAAUUAUGAUAAUAUGCAUACGAGCUACACUACGUGGCACCAACAUAGUUAUAUCUUGGAUUUUGAAGUUAGUAUAAAGGGGAACCGGAAUUUUCAGUAAAACCCUUCCAUAAUAGAAGCCCCUUUCAUAUUAGAAGCCUCUCCCCUAUUAGAAGCCCACUCUGGAGAAGUCGACUUGUCAGACAUAUUAGAAGCCCUCUCAUUUUAAAUUUUUUUUGAUAGUUUUUUGGAAACUUCUAUUUGUGUUUUCAUAGUUAAACUUUAAAAAUUACAAGAUUUUAAGGUAAAAAUGUGUGAAAUUCUUAUUUCUUUGUAUUAAAAUCUCACAAUUUCCUUGAAAAUCCUUCAAAAAAAACCUGUGAAAACUCUGAAAAUUCUCCUAACGCUUUUGAAAAACUUUGGUACGUGAAAUCUUUGAAAAAUCCUGGGACAUAUUAGAAGCUCCCUCCAAAAAUUUCGAAUGCCGGACAGUUUAGAAGCCCCGGUUGGCUUCUAUUAUGGGAGAGGGUUUACAGGAACAGGGUGUGGCUGUGGGUGUGUGGGUGUGGGUGUGGGUGUGAGGGUGUGGGUGUGAGUGUGCGCGUGGGUGGUGGGUGUGGGUGUGGGUGUGGGUGAAGGCGGGGAGAGGGGGGGGGGGGGCGGGGCGUGGGAGUGGGCGGAG